GAUUGAAGUCAAAAUGAGUGGAAGAGGUAAGACAGGCGGUAAAACCAGGGCAAAGGCCAAGACUCGCUCCUCCCGUGCUGGCUUGCAGUUCCCCGUGGGCCGUGUGCACAGACUUCUGCGUAAAGGCAACUAUGCUGAGCGCGUUGGCGCCGGCGCUCCCGUCUACUUGGCCGCCGUGCUGGAGUAUCUGACCGCUGAGAUCCUCGAGUUGGCCGGUAACGCCGCCCGCGACAACAAGAAGACCCGUAUUAUCCCUCGUCACCUGCAGUUGGCCGUUCGUAACGACGAGGAGCUCAACAAACUGCUCGGAGGAGUGACCAUCGCUCAGGGUGGCGUUCUGCCCAACAUUCAAGCCGUCCUGUUGCCCAAGAAGACCGAGAAGGCGGCCAAGAGCAAAUAAACUGGUUUUCUUAUUGAUUCGUAAACAACCAAAGGCUCUUUUAAGAGCCACCCACCUCAGCGACGAAAGUGCAUUUUUUUUUUUUUUUUUU